GUUUUCUAUAGAUAUUUAAAUAUAGUGUUAGAUUUUUAUAAGUGAAAUAAAGAUUUAAGUGAGUCAAGCCGUGAGUGUUUAAUAAAGGGUCGUCUCCUCCGAUGCGGUAGCGUGUCGACACCGCAUCGACACGAUGCGAGAAUGCUCGCUCUUUAUACUGACACUCCUGUGCGCCACUGUCAAAGACAUAUCAGGUAGUUGGGAAGAAUGGUGGACAUACGAUGGAAUAUCGGGUCCCGGAUUCUGGGGUCUGAUCAACCCUCAAUGGAGCAUGUGCAACAAGGGCCGGCGUCAGAGCCCCGUCAACAUCGAACCAGACAAACUGCUCUUCGAUCCUUGGCUAAGAGAUAUCCAGUUUGACAAACAUAAGGUCAGUGGCGUGCUCCAGAACACGGGUCAGUCCUUAGUCUUCCGGGUGGAGAAGGACUCCAAGCACCAGGUCAACAUCAGCGGAGGGCCCCUGUCCUACCGCUACCAGUUUGAGGAGAUCUACUUCCACUACGGCAUGGAGGACAACAGGGGCUCUGAACACCAGAUUGACCACCACACGUUUCCUGGAGAGAUCCAACUAUACGGAUUCAACAAGGAGCUCUACCACAACAUGUCCGAGGCACAACACAAGUCUCAGGGAGUUGUUGGCAUCUCUCUCAUGGUCCAGAUUGGCGAGCCAACCAACAAGGAACUGCGACUAAUAACCAGCGCAUUCAAUAAAGUUGUAUAUAGAGGCAGCUCAUACCCCAUCAAACACCUGCCGCUAAGCUCCUUACUACCAGACACGCAGCAAUACCUCACGUAUGAAGGCUCCACCACCCACCCGGGGUGUUGGGAGACUGCCGUCUGGAUCAUCUUCAACAAACCCAUCUAUAUCUCCAAACAAGAGAUGUACGUACUCCGGCGGCUGAUGCAGGGUUCGCAGCUGUCUCCGAAGGCUCCCCUGGGCAACAACGCCAGGCCAGGGCAGCCACUCCAUCACAGAACUGUCAGGACCAACAUCAACUUCAAUAAACAAGGAUCUCCGGUAUCCAGCAAUUGCCCUGACAUGUACAGAAAUAUGCACUAUACAGCUACGCAAUGGCCGAGAGAGCAUAGUAUGCGGUACCGCAGCACGGAAGAUUUAGCUAUGCUUUCUCCAAAUUAAUACAACUCUAUGAUUUAAAACUGUAUAUUACGCAUAGAAAUAGAAAAGCAUAUUUAUAUAAAAAAAAAACAUUUACUCAACACCGAUGAAUCGAAGAAAGUAAUAAUAUUAUAUUACUUAAAUUUAUUUUUAUUUAUUUAUUGCCAUCAUGUACAAUCCUUAUACAGAUCUUAAUACUAUGUUUUACAUAGGUGGAACAGUACAUGAGCUCUGUUACUAAGGCAUUGCAGUAUGUCAUAAAAGUGGGUUGGACUCGGAUAUCAAUUAAAAUAAAAUAACAAGUUUACAAUCAUAAUUUGGUUUUUACAUUAAAAAAUAACUAGUUUUUCAAAAGCAAAUAAUUUCGAAAUUGGAAUCACUCUACGAAUAAAUAAUAAGUCUUAUUCGUAGGUAUCACUCGAAUAUCGAAUGACCCAUCAACGAUAUUCAUUUGAUUUUUGAUGGCAAAAUCAAUGUAGACUCAAAAUUUCAAAUAACGACCAGAUAAAUAGUUAUUAGAAAAGUUAGAUGAGCAUUUGUGUGUAUAAUAUUAUGAAAAAUACUAUAAUGCUUAAGAAAUACUUGUCAUUUAGAGGAAUAAAUGAAUUUUGUAAAUUAUUAUCAUAACAUAGCAUCGCGCAUGUAUCUCCAAAGAGGUUGGCAGAGGUGUGACAUACACCGACUGCAUUUAAAUGUAAAUUAUUUCUUUUAACUAGAACAAUUUUGUUCCCUGCGCAAUGUUAUCAUAAGUACGAGAUGGAAACGAAAUUUGACGUAUAUUUUAUUCGUUACAUUAUAAAAUAUUCUACAACAAGUCUAUAGGCGUACACCAGUUUGUAUUCAGUCAACGCGA